UCGAAGAUUCCACAUAGGAGACACAAAACUGGCUGGAGGCAGCCGAGCGGUGUCUCGCAGCACCUCGAGGGCUUCUCGAGACGUCAGAGUAGCCUGAUCCUCUGAGUCUUGACGACAGCUUUUAAAUAGCUAUGUUAAAAAUCUGGUUAAAGCGACUUGAGCAUUAACCGAAGCCUGAGAGUGAAGUAUAGAGGCUACAUUUUUCUCUCUCAGACGUCGUGGAGGAGUCGUUGCGGAAGGGUCGAAUGCUCAGCUAAACUUUCUCAUUGUUAUCUUUAUGAAGUACAAAUAAAAUUCGGUCAUUUUUGAGAUAAUAAACCAAUUUACAAUACGUGUCGCAAGAUCCUGGUUUGAGCUUUCAUUGAAGUUGAACAUUAACAGGAGAUUGUCUAACACCGUCAGCUAUGGCUGGGAGGUGUAAAGUUUACAAGAAGACUGCGCCCAACAACAGCAUGACAGUCUACCUGACUCAUCGAGAUUUUCUAGAAGACCAGGGACGUCGUCUGGUGCCUGUCGCAGGUGUUGUAGAAUUUUCGGAAGAGCAGCUCCGCGGUGAGAAGCUCUUCUGCCUCGUGAACUUGACGUACCGCUACGGCAGAACUGCGGACGAGACGAUGGCUCAUACUUUCCACAGGACUGUGCAGCUCAUCAACGCGCCUCUAAAUCUCGACGUGGGUGAUGAGAGAAGAGAUGAUAGCAAACAAUGCGAGCAAUACCCAAGAGGUGAAGUUUACGGUCAAGGAGUACUACCAAAAAUUCUCAAUUAUGAUGAAGGAAAAGAGAUGGAAUUAAACACAGUAGUCAUCCCGGAAAUAUUAAUAAAAAAGAAAGAAUCUAAUUUUACCAGAGAACAAGCUGAUUUAAAUGCACGAGAACAACCUAAAACGGUAUCUUCCCAAGAACUUACACAAGAUGACAACAAAGAAGCUGAGUCGACUUCCAACAGCCCAGUACCUGGAAGUAAGGGCGACAGUAUCUUGCCAACAAAGAAGCUUACCAGCAAGCCUUCAAGUAGAUCCUCAUCCCGCUUGUCUGACAAGAAAAAUGUAAAAGAUAACCAAGAAGGUGAUCCUCGAGACAUCAAUACAGCUACACGAGCUGCAACGAACGAUACUGAAGUAAAUGAAGGAGAAACCAAAAGCAGUAGUUGUGAUAUAGUAAACACAAGCAAAACAGAAGAUGAGAACAAUUAUUUGGAAGAGUCAAACGUCAUUGAAGAUCAAUCGCUUGAAGCUACCAAACAGGCUAUUCAGGCGAACUGUGAUGAAUUUCGUCAGCAAAACCAGACACAGAUGAAUGAUUAUAAAAACGUUGAUCAGUCAGAGAUAGCUGCCGCUGAUGAAAUGGUUGAUUAUAAAUCCGAAAGUCUUGACACAAAUGCCCAGGAAGCAGAUACAUUGACCGAUUGCAAAUCAGUGGAUCUGAAGGAGUUCAGUGAGGUGACACCGAACGAAGGUGAAAUAAAAACAUUGGACGGAAAAUCCGCUAACCUCGAAGACAAAAUGAAAGGCAACGAAAUUGAUGAAGAAGGAUCGCGAGACAAAGAAUGUUUGAAAGCUUCCAAUAAAUCAAUUGACGAUUGCCUCAAUUUGGAUAAAAGCACUGCUGAAAACAUUGACAAUAUGACGGCUAAAAAAGACACACCGGAACAGGUACAAAACGAAGGACCUGUGACAGCAAAUUCAGCAAACGGCGAAGAGAAAUCUAAUGACGAAUCCACUGAUGAAAAUGUGAGCAGUAAUGAAAUUACAAACGUGAAUCAAAUAAGUGAAAUGACUGAACUUUCUCCGAUAGCGGACGAGUUGGCAGAAGUGGGGGAAUCUGCAGCUAAAGCUUCAGGAGGAUCCGGAGUUAGGGAAGAAGAAGGUAUUGGAGAAGGAACAGAGGAGAUCAAGCCUGCUACACCUUGUACAGAAUGCGAAACUGUUAAAGAAAACUUAACAGUGGCAAAAACUCAGAUAGAAUCUGAAGCUUCCAACCAAAAUGCCAUUGACGACGAUAAAGGUAAUUGUGACAGUGAAAAUGGUACGAUAAAUGUGAACGCUGUUUUAAAAGAACCUAACUCCAUAGAACAUGACUGUAGCCCUGUAGGUCAACUAAAUGUUGAUUAUCAACCAGGUACUCCGGAACGAAUCAAAACCCCUACAGGUGCGAUGGAUAAUGACGGAGAAAUCGAUAAGAAGGAAGCUAAUGGAAGUAUGAACAACGAAAUAGAAGAAUUGGAUGACAAUUGUGAAACAAAAACAAGCGCGAAUGACGAAAUAAUAGAAAUGGAGGAUACGAAUAAUGCCAAUCCGGGCUUUAACGACGAAACAAAAGUCUUGAAUGAUAAGGAUGGAGACAGUACGGUUGCUGCUGACGAAAUCAAAAAAUUAAAUGACGUGGAGGAAGACAAUGAAGGAGCUUUUGCCAAAACAGAAAACUUGGAUGAUGUCGUCAAUGCAAUUUCUGAUGAUAUUGAUCGAGGUUUCGAGCAUGAAGAAGCAGGCGAUGACACGACACGAAUGGCAGAGCACCGAAGUUUUGUCACUGGAAACCAUCCAUUGGAGGACAAAAUCCUGCGUUCACGACGCCACUACUUGCUGCCAGUGCCAUCACCUCAGCAGCUGAGGCUCCUGACGUCGCAUCCUAACUGCCGCCUGCCUGACGCUUUCCCAACGCGAAAUGAGCCACGAGAACAUGACAAUGUCGAGGCGGAAGUCCCCCCGGACACUGGGACAAAUGAAAACUCCAAAUUAAAAACAGAAGUCGAAGUGGGCAGCGAAAACAGCGUUAAGCCCAGAGCUUCGCACUGCAAUAACACUUCCGUCGAAAUUUGUCACGACGUGACUCAACUACAAGAACGACUCAUCGAGAAACUACAGACCCAACACGACACGAAGACUCGAUGCGUUCCUUUCUCUGUCUCGAUUCCAGCUGAGGCACCGAACUCUGCAACGCUUGUUCCUGGGCCACGCCGAUGGCCAGGUGAGCCAGUCGGAGUGAUCUACGAGCUGCAGGUGUACGCAGCGAACGAGGUAUGUGAAGAACCCGCACGUUACAAAACCACUUCAUUCGCAGUUCGAAAACAUCAACUGACGCCUCACGGAUUUAUAUCUAAUAGCAGGAGUCGUGCAAUUUCUUCCAAAACCUUUCAGUGUUCACCAGGAGAGAUUGAGCUCAGCGUUUCCUUAAACAAGUCAAUUUACGUAUUUUCUGAAGAAAUCGAAGCAACAGUGAACUUCCAUAAUAAAUCAAAGAAAACUGUGAAGGGCAUUUGCAGCGAAGUGAUACAAAAGAUUAGCAUUGGGAUGACUCACACGACAUUUGCACGCACCGUAACAACCCUGGAGUCUCGAGAAGGCUGCCCUGUUCUGCCGAACUAUAAAAUAGAAAGAAAAUUCAAGCUCAUUCCCGACGUGCGCUACAACAAAGCCAAUGAAGGUGCAGCGCUGCUUGGUAAUCUAAAGGACGCCGACUGCCUGCUAGCACCGACAACUUUACACCUAACUGAAAACUCUUUGGAUCGUGAGAUGGGUCUGAUUGUGACGUACUUUGUUCGCGUGUCCUUGACAUUCGGACACUUGAGUGAAUCUGUAUGCCUUGAACAUCCCAUUCAGCUAGUGCAGGCCCGGCCUCCUGAGUAUAUUGUUCCAGUUACAAAGACGAACAUAGGAAAAAUGCUUAAGGAUAUCAGCAAUCCUAACAAAAUCUGCAUUGAAGAGUUUGCAGUGCUCAGGAAGUUAAGGUCUCUGGACAAAAAUAUUGAAGAAUGACAUCAUUCGAUGAAUUACCUCAUCUGAAUUAAUUGUUGUAGAAUUAAAAUAAAUACGGAAGGUUGAAAGCCAAAUUAAGUUUCAAAAGUGGGAAAAAUCUCACGACGACGUCCGAGAGCGAUUAUUUUAAGUCCAAAAUAUGCAAAGGUACAUCAAUGUGACCUAAAUAACCAGUCCCUGUGCAGUGAAACAUGGAAUAAUUGUUAAAAUGUGUGUUAAGCCGGUAGGAAUGGACAAUACAAAGAUCGUUCUCAAACCAUUUUACUCAAAUCUUAUUCGCUGAAAAUUUUUUCGACUAUAUAUAUUAUAUUCCGUAAAUUUUGAGUAUAUUUGUUCCAUUCAGAAACUCCCUGGCGCUUUCCUAGUAUUAGAAAUAUAUAGAACACAGCGCAAUAUAGAACAUGCGCUACAAAAUAAUGAAGUUAAGAGGCAUAAUUGCGUAAAUUAAUGUUUCGAUAAUCAUGAUAUUUUAUUCCAAUCAUUGUGUUAAUUCCGGCGUUUAAACGCUAAAAAUAUGGGAACUAGAACAACAUGAGUAAAUAUUUUCCUUCAGUUCGAUGAAAACUAUUUAGUUUAGAGCUUGAAUAUUACCGCCAACAUUAGGGCAGUAAUCAAGUUAAUCGUGAAUAUGACUGUUUUAAGCAAUACAAUUUGAUCAUAUGCCGCAAAAAUAGAUUUCCUCGGUUAGCAAACAAUAUAGGUAAUCCUAUCACAUUUUUAGCGUACGAUUUUAUAUUAGUAUAAUUAGGCAAUUAAUAUCGUAAUAAAUAAAAUGACCUUGUACCUUCAUUUAUUCAGCAGCCCCUAAGCAUUAAACUAUGAAUGUGAAUUGCAAUGGUGGUAACUGAACAUACUAUCUCCACAAAAAUUUAUGAGCAACAUAAGCAUAAAUUUAUUAUCAAAACUAUUUUUAGAGUUUCCUCUAAGGAACCACUGGUCUUCGAAACAAGAACAUUUCUUAUAAAAAUUUGCUAAUUUUCGUUUUUGGUACAUAAUCGCAA